GUGCUUGGAUGCCACCGCCGGACAGACAAGGAGGAGUGUGGGUCGCGACGCAUAUUACUGGGGAGCAUCUUGCUGGCCAGCCGAGGCUGGCGGGCUCGGGCUUGAGUCCGGGGCAGCCUCCCUCGCACCUCUCGCCGGCUUCCAGGGUGGGGGCGGGGCUUGAGUGUUUUACUUCCGGAUCCCACAGCUACGACACCGGAAGCCGGAACUGGGAAUUUGGCAGCGGGACAAGGGAAGGGCGACUGCGGAACCUGGACUUUCUCGGAGCGCCGGGGUCCGAGGAGCGCUCGGUGCCCGCCGCUCCUGCCCUUCUCACAUCGGAUCGAUUCUGCUGACAGAGCUUGCCUUGUUGGAUGAGCAGGCCGCCCUGGAAGAGUCAGCCGAGUGAGAUGGUGCAGCCUAGCGGCGGCCCAGCCGGGGACCCAGACGUGCUGGCUGAAGAGUCUUCUCUGGGGAAGCCGGCCAUGCUCCACCUGCCUUCAGAGCAGGGCACCCCGGAGACCUUCCAGCGCUGUCUGGAGGAGAAUCAAGAGCUCCGAGAUGCCAUCAGGCAGAGCAACCAGAUGCUGCGGGAGCGCUGUGAGGAGCUGCAGCGUCUGCAGGGCAGCCAGCGGGAGGAGAAGGAAUUCCUCAUGCAGAAGUUCCAGGAGGCCAGGAAGCUGGUGGAGAGACUGAGCCUGGAGAAGGUGGACCUGCGCCGGCAGAAGGAGCAGGCCCUGCAUGAAGUGGAGCGCCUGAAGCGGUGCCAGCAGCAGAUGGCCGAGGACAAGGCCUCGGUGAAGGCGCAGGUGACGUCCCUGCUGGGGGAGCUCCAGGAGAGCCAGAGUCGCCUGGAGGCUGCUGCCAAGGAGCGGCAGGCUCUGGAGAGCAGGGCCCGGGCAGCCAGCGAGCAGGCCCGGCAGCUGGAGAGUGAGCGGGAGGCGCUGCAGCAGCGGCACAGCGUGCAGGUGGACCAGCUGCGCAUGCAGAACCAGAGCAUGGAGGCCGCCCUGCGCAUGGAGCGCCAGGCUGCCUCGGAGGAGAAGCGGAAGCUGGCCCAGCUGCAGGUGGCCUAUCACCAGCUCUUCCAGGAGUACGACAGCCACAUCAAGAGCAGCGCGGUGAGCAGCGAGCGGAGCCGAGGAUCACAGCUGGAAGAUCUCAAGCAGCAGCUCCAGCAGGCCGAGGAGGCCCUGGUGGCCAAACAGGAAUUGAUUGACAAACUGAAGGAAGAGGCUGAGCAGCACAAGAUCGUGAUGGAGACGGUUCCAGUCCUGAAAGCCCAGGCGGAUAUCUACAAGGCGGACUUCCAGGCUGAGAGGCAGGCCCGGGAGAAGCUGGCUGAGAAGAAGGAGUUCCUGCAGGAACAGCUGGAGCAGCUGCAGAGGGAGUACAGCAGGUUAAAGACCAGCUGCCAGGAAUCGGCCAGGAUUGAAGACAUGAGGAAGCGACACGUAGAGGUCUCCCAGGCCCCCUUAGCCCCUGCCUCGACUCACCACUCCUUUCAACUGGCCCUGCCCAGCCAGAGGAGAAGCCCCCCUGAGGAGCCACUCAACUUCUGUUGCCCCAAGUGCCAGUAUCAGGCCCCUGACAUAGACACCCUGCAGAUACACGUCAUGGAGUGCAUCGACUAGGGCUCUACUGGGAGCUGCGCGCUGCCCCGGGCUGCCGCUCUCCCCUCCUGCCUGCCUGCUGUGCAUCGUGGGCCGGCCGACAGACAGGGGGCCCCUUCUUUGAGCCCCAAGAGCUAGCUGCAGGGCCUCACGCUUCAGCACCCCUCUCCGCUGGUCUGCCCUUUCCCGGGUACCUGGAGCCUGAGCCAGGCCUGACCUUCGGCUCCUUUUCUUCGUUUUGUCCGCUUGAACUGCUCGCCUCUGGAACUCCUCCCUCCACCCGCACUGAUGGAGUCAAGAACCAAGGCCAGGGCCCUCAGCAUGAAUGGCUCCCCAGGCUGAGAUGGCCAGUACCCACGGACCCUUCUCCCACCCAGGCUCCUGUGCUGAGCCCUCUUACGGCCAGUGUGCUGUUCCAUCGUC